AUGCCUCAGGAUCCUCGGUCCUGGUUACAACCACAAAAAGGUUUCAAAAAAGUCAAGGAAGAAUUAGUGAUGGUGGUGUAUUUCAAAUUAGCCUACUGCGGAAGAAUUUGCUCGAAUUAUUUAAAUUUGCCAAAGCCACAACCAGUACCAGGCAGUACAAAAGAAGUUCCGUAUGUUUUUCUGGAAGAUGGAGCAUUUGCAUUGACAACACAUAUGUUGAAGCUGUACCCAGGAAAUCAUAAUGAUUGGUUCAUUAUCUUGAUCAGUUCUUUACAAUAG